UUUUGUUUUUGUUCAUUUUUUUGGGAGAAAAGAAAGCGGAGAGGGAGAGGGAGAGAGAGAGUGUUUGACGAUUCUGCGUGGUGUGAGAAGAAAACAAGAAAAUCCCUAAAAAGUUAUUCUGAACUUUCCGAUUUCUUUCAUCGUAGGGACGAUGGCGGUUUCUGUUUCAUCAGAGACGAGAGACGAGAGACGAGAGACCGAGGACAGAAGGUAAGCAUGUCUUUAUCCUCUUCUUCAGCGAUUGUGGCAGUGGAGAAGGCGACGAGUGACCUUCUAAUUAGUCCGGAUUGGACCAUGAACAUCGACAUAUGCGAUUCCAUCAAUUCUAAUCAAUGGCAGGCAAAAGAUGUCAUGAAAGCUGUGAAAAGAAGGUUGCAACACAAGAGUCCUAGAGUUCAGCUACUAUCUCUAACGCUUAUAGAAACAAUGGUGAAGAAUUGUGGUGAUUAUGUCCAUUACCAGAUUGCUGAGAAAAAUAUUCUUGGAGAGAUGAUCAAAAUUUUGAAGAAAAAGGCAGAUAUGAAUGUGAGGGACAAAAUAUUAGUGCUACUAGAUUCUUGGCAGGAGGCGUUUGGUGGACCUGGAGGAAAGCAUCCUCAAUAUUACUGGGCGUAUGAUGAAUUAAGGCGUUCUGGAAUUGAAUUUCCCAAACGCUCAUCAAAUGGUGUUCCAAUUUUUACACCACCUGUUUCAAAUCCAAACACAAGGACUACACAAGCUGGUUUUGGAAUGCCUAGUAAUUCGUCAAGGAGGCUUGAUGAGACGAUGGCAACAGAGAUUGAAGGCCUAAGUUUGUCAAGCUUGGAUUCUAUGCGUAAUGUUAUGGAGCUCCUGAAUGAUAUGCUGCAAGCUGUGAAUCCUGGAGACUCUCUUGCUGUUAAAGAUGAAGUUAUUGUAGAUCUUGUCAGCCGUUGUCGUGCCAAUCAAAAGAAGUUGAUGCAGAUGUUGACUACAACGGGGGACGAGGAACUCCUUUGUCGAGGUCUGGAGUUGAAUGACUCUUUGCAGAGUGUGCUUGCAAAACAUAAUGCAAUUGCUUCUGGUUCUGUACUGUCAGCUCAAUCAACAAAUCUGAGCACUCGGCAUUCCGGCUCAUCUGCUGACACACAGAAAGCCAGUGAAAUAAGAGGUUCAAGCUUAAGAGAUUCCAGUCCUCCACCGAAUAUGAAUAAUUCAUCGUCAUCUGCUUCUGUAGCAAGGAACCAGGUAAAUGAGGAUGAUGAAGAGGAGGAUGAGUUUGCACAACUGGCUCGAAGGCACUCUAGAUUACAGCCUGUACCAAGUCCAAGCUAUUCUACUGGAACUGCUGAGAACUUGGCGUUGGUGAGCACAGGCAACACGGUUACUUCAUCUAUGCCACCCUCUACUACUUGCACAGCAUUAGCUCUGCCAGAUCCUCCUGCUCCAGUUAGGACUUCUAAAGAGCAAGACAUAAUUGACCUCUUGAGUAUUACUUUAUCAACAUCAUCAACCUCUCCUCCUGCUCCCCACACUCCACCUCCAUCAAGCCAAAAUACACAUCAGGUGCCCAUGUCGUCGUCGAGUACACAGGGUUAUCAUCAUCAGAGGAAUUAAUGAGCCAGCGGCGGCACCUAUGCGUGGAGGAGACUCAUGGACAGUAGGUGGCCCUAGGAACUUAACACCUUCAACAGCACACAAGCCAUUCAUUCCAUCAUACAGACUAUUUGAAGAUCUAAACGUUUUUGGCAACACAGAUGCAAGACUGAAGGUGGCGAGCAGUAGUACAUCUGCUAGCUUAGCCGGAGCUUCUGGCCAAAGUAUGGUGGGUGGAAGGAAGUGAAAAUAGCUCAUUCAUUAUCUGAAUAUUUUCCAUGUUGGUAUACAAGUAUCUUCUUCAUCUUUGUGAUGUAUUUAAGACAGAUUGGCAGAACAUAGUUUUCAUGUGAUCAUUGAUUAUGGCAUUGAAGCAAAAAUGUGACUUGUAAAUUUUUGUUCUGUUUAUAAAAUCGUCUACUUUGUCA